UAGUUCUGUAUUUGACAGGCUCGGAUCUUGACAUCACUUUUGCUCUCUCACGCCGCCCCUCGUUUCCUUAAAAGACGAAGUCUGCAGAGUUGCUGAACGCUGUGGCAAAGUUUUGAGGGGAAGAGUUCGAUCGUUGCCGGCUUCUCGCUCAGCGGAUCUUGAGAGGGAAGAUGGUGCUGUACCACAAAGAGUUUGAAAAUGCUGGAAAAAAUGAAGGGAUCCAGGUGUGGAGAGUGGAACAUUUAGAGCUGGUGCCAGUUCCACAAAGUCUGCAUGGCAGCUUCUAUGUGGGAGACGCUUACCUGGUGAUGCAAACCAUAGUGAGGAGAAACAACUUCUCUUACAAUCUACAUUUUUGGUUAGGCAAAGAGUGCUCUCAGGAUGAAAGUAGCGCCGCGGCGAUUUUUACCGUGCAGAUGGAUGACUAUCUCGGGGGGAAACCGGUUCAGUAUCGAGAGCUGCAAGAUUACGAAUCCAAUACUUUUGUCGGCUAUUUCAAAGGAGGACUUAAGUACAAGGCUGGUGGUGUGGCAUCUGGGUUUACCCAUGUUGUUACAAAUGACCUUUCCGCAAAGAGAUUGCUGCAUAUUAAAGGCAGGAGGAUUGUCAGAGCAACAGAAGUUCCUCUCAGCUGGGCCAGCUUUAAUAAAGGAGAUUGUUUCAUCAUAGACCUGGGAGCAGUCAUUUAUCAGUGGUGUGGCUCAAAGUCCAACAAAUAUGAGCGUCUGAAGGCUGCCCAGGUCGCUGCAGGCAUUCGAGAUAAUGAAAGAAAUGGAAGAGCACAACUUAUCGUUGCUGAUGAAGGUCAGGAGCCAAGUGAUAUCAUUCAGGUUCUUGGUCAGAAACCAGAAUUGAGUGAAGGAAAUGAUGAUGAAGAUUUUGUUGCAGAUGUAUCGAACAGGAAGAUGGCGAAGCUCUAUAUGGUCUCAGAUGCAAGCGGGUCUAUGAAAGUGUCAUUAGUGUCAGCAGAAAACCCAUUCUCAUGUGACUUGCUCUUGAGCGAAGAGUGCUUUAUACUGGACAAUGGAGCAGACAGAAAGAUAUUUGUUUGGAAGGGUAAAAAUGCAAACCCAGGCGAGAGAAAGGCAGCUAUGAAGACUGCUGAGGGAUUCAUAAAACAAAUGAACUACCCACCCAAUAGCCAGAUUCAAGUACUUCCUGAAGGAGGAGAAACUCCAACCUUCAAACAGUUCUUUAAGAAUUGGAAAGACAAAGGUCAAAGCGAGGGAUUCGGAAAAGUGUAUGUCACUGAGACAAUUGCAAAAAUCAAGCAGAUUAAAUUUGAUGCUUCAAAAUUGCACACCAGUCCUCAAAUGGCUGCAAAGCAUAACAUGGUGGAUGACGGUUCAGGAAAGACAGAGAUUUGGCGAGUUGAGAGCAAUGGUCGGAUUCCUGUUGACCCCGGUACAUAUGGACAACUCUUUGGUGGAGACUGUUACAUCAUUCUUUACACAUACAAAUUGGGAGAGAUCAUUUAUACCUGGCAAGGAGCCAAUGCAACUAGAGAUGAACUCACCAUGUCUGCUUUCCUCACAGUUAAUCUUGAUCAGUCACUUGGUGGGCGAGCUGUUCAAGUUCGGGUGACCCAAGGGAAGGAGCCUUCUCAUCUGCUCAGUUUGUUUAAAGACAAGCCACUUAUUAUUUAUAAGAAUGGAACAUCACGGAAAGAAGGACAGGCCCCUGUCUCUUCAAAACGCCUUUUUCAAGUCAGGAGGAAUCUGGCUACUAUUACAAGAAUUGUGGAGGUUGAUGUGGAUGCUCAGUCUCUGAAUUCUAAUGAUGUUUUUGUACUAAAAUUACCAAAUACUGCAUAUCUUUGGAUUGGAAAAGGAGCCAGUGGUGAGGAAGAGAAUGGAGCUAAAUAUCUUACAUCUGUCCUACAAUGCACAGCAACCAGGAUUAAUGAAGGGGAAGAACCUGAUGCAUUUUGGAAUGCUGUUGGCGGCAGGAAGGAGUAUCAAACUUCAACUAUGUUACAAAGCGCUACAGACGACUAUCAGCCUCGCUUAUUUGCUUGUUCAAAUAAAACUGGAUGCUUCAUUAUUGAGGAAGUUCCCGGGGAGUAUACACAAGAUGAUUUAGCUGAAGAUGAUGUCAUGUUAUUGGAUGUUUGGGAUCAGGUCUUUGUCUGGAUCGGCAGUGAUGCCAAUGAAGUGGAGAAAACUGAAUCAGUAAAAUCGGCAAAACAUUAUAUUGAUUCAGAUCCUUCUGGAAGGGACAAAGGGACCCCAAUCAUCAUAGUGAAGCAGGGAUUUGAGCCCCCAACAUUCACAGGUUGGUUCCUUGCCUGGGACUCAAACAAAUGGACAGGAGACAAUAUAAAGAAACAAAUGGCUUCACUCAAAGUGGCAUAGAAUGCAACCAGCUUGUUGUUGUAAUUUAAAAAAAAAAUCAACUGCAAACCUGCGUAAAAAUUAUGUAACCAAUAAAAAAAUGCCUGCUUGAUUCCAAAUGUGAAUGUAUUUCUGCUGUCUUUCCAAUGCUUUUGGUGUACUACUGUUAAUUUGAAAUCUUUAAAUUUUUGUAAUGUUUGCAUUCUGUGAUUGCAGUAAAAUAAUAAAGUGGUUGAUCAGAAACAAUUA